AUGAGUUCGUACAAACAUGCUAUGUCAGUUUAUUUCCAAAAUUGCGAGAGUGAUUAUGAUGAUUACUAUGGAACAACCUUUACAUCCUUUGCUUCUGAUUUUUGCUAUCCUUGGUUUCGUAAUGAUUAUGGUGACUAUUCAUAUAUAAUGUGUUUUCUUAUGGGUUUAGGUGUCUAUCCUAUAAAACAAUCAGAAUUAAAGAUACGAUGGAUCGUAUAUUUCAGCAUGAUAUAUUCUUUAAUAAUCUGGUUCAUCCACGCUUAUUUCUUUUUCUAUAUCUUGAAUUUUUUUACAUUAAAAGUAAUAUAUCCUACCUUUAUUAAUAUGAUUGUUAUAGCAAUUAACAUCUUCUCUUUAUUUAUAUCCAUAAUUAUGAAUUUUUAUUAUCAGAAGAGAUUUGAAGUAUGUCUAAUAAAAUUCGCUGCAAUAGAUGAUACUUUGGAAGAGCUCGGCACUCCAAAAAUAUAUCGAAAGAUGCAUAUGUUGUCAAAACGAGUGAUAAUCGUUUGGAUCGUACAUAGUCUUGUUAUAAACUUUUUUGACAUGUUAUAUUGGUUAAAUAGAAAAGAAACUGCUUUUUGGGGAUUAUUUUUAUCUCACAUACUAAAUUACUGUCUUCAUAUCAAUACAUUUCUGGACUUAUUAUUUAUUUUUUUCUUAUGGUAUAUUGGUACCAGAUUUGAAAAAGUAAAUGAGUAUGUGCGAUGUUUAUUGGUGGAAGAGAAGCAUGAGCUGAGAUGUACAUGGAAGAAAUCUAUAAUAGCUAUUCGUCAAAAUACUUUAUGCAUUGACAAUUGCAAGCAAAUAUUAUGGACUACAAUGCAGCUUCAUUUGGAAUUAUGCCGUCUUACUCGCGAGAUAAAUCAUAUAUUUGGAACACAAAUGACUUUGGAAAUGGCAUCCUAUCUUUUGUUUUUAACAGUAUUGUGCUAUUAUUUAUACAUAAUCUUAAUGCAGGAACAAAAAGAAAUACAAGUAUACUCCUGGCUUUGUCUCAGUCUAUGGGUCUUUCUAUUUUCAGUGAAGUUAUGCGCUGUAAAUUAUAUCUGUGAGAAUGUAACAAUUAAGGCUAAUGAAAUUGACAAAACAAUUCACCAACUUACAAAUUCUAUUCGAUAUGCAAAUGUUUGGAAGGAGAUAUCUCAAUUUACUUUGCAAAUAAUGCUUCAUUCGUUGAAAUUUAAUGGAAUGGGUCUCUUCUACUUUGGCAAUGACUUCCUUCGAAAGGAAAUACAUGCGAUAGCAUUUGGUGGUUCUACGCAGAAAAGGAUCAUCGAUGCAUGA